GGCAUCGUGCACAUCCAGGCGUCAUUCAACAACACGAUCGUCACGAUUGCCGAUACCGAAGGUAACGUGGUGGCGUGGUCGAGCGCCGGAGCCAUCGGUUUCCGCGGUUCCCGCAAGGGGACGCCGUUCGCGGCGACGCAGGCCGCGGUACGCGCAGGGCAUGGUGCCAAGGCCGUUGGGAUGCGCACGGUGGAUGUCCGCGUGAAGGGCCCAGGUGGCGGCCGCGAGUCGGCCAUCCGCGCUCUCCAGGCGUCGGUCGGCCUCACCGUGAAGUCGAUUCGUGAUGUGACGCCCAUCCCGCACAACGGUUGCCGUCCGCCGAAACGACGUCGAGUUUAG